AUGAAGUGCCUGAUAGGAGCGAUUUAUGAAGUGCCUUUGGAUAUAGGAGCUAUUUAUGAAGUACCUUUGGAUAUAGGAGCUAUUUAUGAAGUACCUUUGGAUAUAGGAGCGAUUUAUGAAGUGCCUUUGGAUAUAGGAGCUAUUUAUAAAGUGCCUUUGGAUAUAGGAGCUAUUUAUAAAGUGCCUUUGGAUAUAGGAGCUAUUUAUGAAUGCCUUUGGAUAGGAGUAUUUAUAGUGCCUUUGGAUAUAGGAGCUAUCUAUGAAGUACCUGAUAUAGGAGGUAUUUAUAAAGUGCCUGGAGGAGCUAUUUAUGAAGUGCCUUUGGAUAUAGGAGCUAUUUAUGAAGUACCUUUGGAUAUAGGAGCUAUUUAUGAAGUGCCUUUGGAUAUAGGAGCUAUUUAUAAAGUGCCUUUGGAUAUAGGAGCUAUUUAUAAAGUGCCUUUGGAUAUAGGAGCUAUCUAUGAAGUACCUUUGGAUAUAGGAGCUAUCUAUGAAGAUCCUUUGGAUAUAGGAGCUAUUUAUAAAGUGCCUUUGGAUAUAGGAGCUAUUUAUGAAGUGCCUUUGGAUAUAGGAGCUAUUUAUAAAGUACCUUUGGAUAUAGGAGCUAUUUAUGAAGUGCCUUUGGAUAUAGGAGCUAUUUAUAAAGUGCCUUUGGAUAUAGGAGCUAUUUAUAAAGUGCCUUUGGAUAUAGGAGCUAUCUAUGAAGUACCUUUGGAUAUAGGAGCUAUCUAUGAAGUACUUUGGAUAUAG